AUGAUUGAAGCUGGUAGAAAUGCCGGGCGAAUUAGCAGGGUUGACUUCAGCACCACUUUGAAAAUUUUUCACGUUUAUCACAUUAUCAAUGAAAACUCACCCUGCUCACUGAUAUUUUACACGACAGAGUGCUCUUGGUCACUAAUCCCUUUGACUACAUGUAUUAUCGGCUUUAUUUGGAUACAGGCUGCUCUAACCAUUGAGCGAGUAAUUGCGACAUAUCGUCUGGGACAUUACGAACGUGAAGGAAAGUAUGUAGGGCCCACCUUAGCUAUCAUGGUGUUGCUGCUAUCCAUACUUUGCAUGAGAUGGGGUCUCGCAGCCACAGAUGAUGCAGAAGUGCUGGCACAAUGUGCAUCCAUUCCGAGUUCCGCUACACCCCGAAUGAAUGUGGUAUACUUUAUUAUGCUUAUAGUUGACUUGAUAUCUAUGUUGGUCUUCGCAUAUUGUCUUUAUCACAACAAAAGAAAGCUUAACAGCGGAAAGUACUCUCUUGAUUUACGCUAUGAAAUACAAGAGAACGUAAAAGUGUUGCGCAUACUCUUUCCUAUUGUUAUAUCACACCUAUUUGUAUUCGGCUUGUUCAUAAUAGGCAGGUCACAUUAA